AUGUCUCCCUUACACUUCAGCUUCUAUUCCGCAUUCACAUUCAGCAGCCUAGGCCUAGCAUUUCACCGAACCCAUCUUAUCUCCGCUCUACUAUGUCUAGAAAGCAUGAUACUAUCCAUAUUCAUUCCCCUAUCAAUAUGAUCAAUCGAAAACCAAACCCCAUCCUUCACCCUAGUACCAAUCCUAAUACUAGCCUUCUCAGCAUGCGAAGCUGCCACCGGCCUAGCCAUGCUAGUAGCCUCAACCCGAACAUAUGGCUCCGACCACUUACAUAAUCUCAACCUCCUACAAUGUUAA